AUGCCACUAGGUGGGCCAGGUGCACCUCCUCCACCCCCACCACCUCCACCGCCAGGAGCACCUCCACCACCACCACCGCCAGGUCCUUCUGGAUCUCAUGGUACUUUAUUAUUAUCACCAGAUAAAUCAAAAACGAAACUGAUACGAUUACACUGGGAAGAAAUUAGACCUAUCUCGACUAAUAUCGAUGCAACAAUUUGGAAAUCGUUAUCUACAAUUAAUAUCGAUAAAGAAGAAUUGGGACGUCUUUUCGAAGCGAAAGCUAGAAGCCCAAUAAAUAAACCAAGUGACUCGAUUCAAAAAAAAGAAAACAUUAUUGUAUUAGAUAGCAAAAGAUCUAAUGGUAUUAAUAUUGCACUUGUAAAAUUGCCACCUGUCAAUACCAUCAAAUCUGCUAUUUUAAAAAUGGACAAUGAAUGCAUAAAUAGGGAAGGAAUUGAGCGAUUACUGAGCUUAAUUCCUACAACUGAAGAAAUUUCUAAAAUUGCUGAAGCAGUGGUAGAAAAUCCUGGUAUACCUCUAGCUACAGCUGAAGCUUUUCUACAAACUAUAUCAACAAUUCCGGAGCUGGAAGCUCGAUUAAGACUAUGGGCUUUUAAGAUUGAUUACGGUAUCAUCGAAAAGGGAGCUGCUGAAGCACUCAUGGACUUGAAGCAAGGUCUUAAGCAGUUGCAAGAAUCUGAAACAUUUAAAUAUACUUUAUCUACAAUUCUGACUGUUGGCAAUACCUUAAAUGGGAAAAAUGCUGCAGGCUUUAGCCUGAAUUAUCUGACUAAGAUACCAGAAAUCAAAGAUACUACAACUAACAAACAGUCACUUUUAACGCACGUGGCAAAAAUUGUCAUGAGUCAAUAUCCUGACAGUUCAGAUUUAUACAGUGAUUUUGGUGCCUUACACCGAUCUGCUAAGGUGGAUUUCGAAGAACUCGAAAUUGGCUUAGUUCAAUUAGAGAAAGACUGCAAGGCGGCUUGGAUUUAUUUACGAGCUAUAGUCAAACAUGACUCAAAAUCAUCAAUAAAACCUAUCAUGACAGAAUUUCUUACCGAUGUUGGCGAACGAUUACUUGUUCUUAAAGUUGUUUAUACAAGGAUAUUAAAUCGAUUCAAUAAUCUGUUGCUUUUUUAUGGAUUUACGAAAAGCAUCGUUAAGGAUAUGAGGAUCAACGACUUCUUGAAAAUUGUAACCGAGUUUUCCUUAGAAUAUAAAACUGUUAAAGGAAAGUUACUAGACCAAGCACGAAAGAAAGAAGUCCAACGUAAACGUAGCGAAACUAGAGGAAGAUUAAUUACAGACGUAAGUAUCAUACAGACACUAGAAACGAAUUGUACCAAAUAUAAUGAGAAGGUUUUUAUUAAAAUCUUGGCUACAAAAAUCUUCUCGGUUCCAAUAUUAGAUUGUAUUAAUACAUUAAUGAUCCGUAAUUUCCAUCAAUAG